AUGUCUGGUUUUUUCUUACUAGGUGGCAAGGACCAAGAACAAGAACAAGAACCCACCAAUAACAGCCUGUUUCUCUUCAAGAACGAGGAGAUCUAUAACAAGGGUUUUGAAUUGUGGCAACAGUAUUAUCACUUUCAUCAACAAAAACUGCAACACCAAAAUCACCAUCAAAAUGGUGAUGAUCCUUGCAAUCAUAGUUAUAGAUCAGCAGGGUUUAGGGUGAUGAGGCCAAGCAGAGGCGGAGAUGGUGGCGUAAACUGCCAGGAUUGCGGGAACCAAGCAAAGAAAGAGUGCGUGCAUCUAAGGUGCCGGACUUGCUGCAAGAGCCGCGGUCUUCCCUGCGAAACCCACGUCAAGAGCACUUGGGUUCCGGCUGCUAAGAGGAGGGAGAGGCAGCAGCGGCUUGCCGAAUUGCAACUUCAUCAGCACGAGACAGUGAGAGGGGAAAAUUCCAAAAGGCAGAUAGAGAGUCCAAGUGAUGGUGGUGGUGGCAGUGGCGGUGGUGGAGGAUUCUCUCUGGACGGCACUACUAAUACAUCUUGUUUACCUAUCACUACCUUGUCAGGAUUUGAGGUGGGACACUUCCCGGCCGAAGUGAAUUCUCCAGCGGUUUUCCGCGGAGUGAAAGUGAGCGGAAUUGAUGCGGAGGAGCAAUUUGCUUAUCAGACUGCUGUCAACAUUGGAGGCCAUGUUUUCAAGGGAAUUCUGUACGAUCAAGGCCACGAAAGCGGUUAUCCUGGUGCUGGUGAAGGCAUCUCCUUUCAACAGCCAGCUCUUAUCACAGGGGCUACCACAGCCACAGCCACCACCUCCGCCACCGCCACUAGUGUCGCAAAGCUUGAUCCUUCCAUUUACCGGACUCCACUUGGCGCUUUCAUGGCGGGUACGCAAUUCUUUCCACCACCAAGAUCAUAA